AUGUAUUUUAAUUUUAUGUAUGUAAUUUAUAUAUAAAUGUUGGCUGGAUGAACCUGGCCUGGGGGCAAAACAUCCUCCUUAUUACAUGCCCCGAUACAAUGCUAUGCUGGAAGACUAUCUUACCCAACGUUUUCUAUCAAACACAACUUUAUUUAUGAAUAUAUGGCCACUAUAUAAACUACAAUUUUGACACAGGUGCCCCUCUUCAUAACAAACAGGAACCACCUUAGUUGAUUUUAUGCUUUUGUGGUUUGUGGUAAAUAUGAAUUUUUGAUUUCAGGGCAAACUUUCCUAAAAUACUAUCUUUAUAAGUGAACAUUAAAAUUGUAUAAUGAUUUUUUCGGAUAUUUAUUGCCUGGUUGUUCUAUAGUCAGUACACCUGAUUAAUUAAGCCUUGAUGUCACCCAUUUUGUGCACAGUUUACUUAGUUUACGUAUUUAUGGGAGAAAUAAAUAAUGUAUCCAACCAUUAAAUAACCUCUGACAUAACAUGUACACGGUUUGACCAUUAUCACCUCAUUAUACCUUUAAAUUAACAAAGAGGGCAUUUUGAGUAUAUAUUUGUUUUAAUAAGUUUCUAGCGAUACAAGAUGAACCCUCAAAAUACUACGAAAGAAAUCUCCUGAACAGAGGAGGAACAAAUCUCUUCAGUUUAUGGGCGCUAUGUUUGACACUGGUUGAUUCGUUCUCCUUUGUCGGUAGGGUAAUCUGUGACAGCCGUUCACCUCGUGACUUCUCAUCCACUUCUUUCACUUUCACCACCUCGGUUGUUGUUGUCUAAAGCUUUAAUAGUCGAAGUGAUCACGAUGAACACUUUGCUUUUGUUUGCUUUGCUGUCAGCAGCUUCGGCUUUUCACCUGUCUGAACGAGACGAGUUUCACUUCAAGUCAUGGAUGGCACAGCACAACAGAGCGUACAGCGUGGAGGAGUACCAUGAGAGACUCCAGAUAUUCUCUGAGAACAAGAGGAAGAUUGACAAACACAAUGAAGGAAAUCGUACAUUCACAAUGGGGCUGAACCAGUUUUCAGACAUGACAUUUAGCGAAUUUCGAAAUACUUUCCUCUGGUCUGAGUCACAGAACUGUUCAGCUACCAAGGGGAACUACUUCAGCAGCGACGGACCACAUCCAGACUCCAUCGACUGGAGAAAGAAAGGAAACUAUGUGACUGACGUGAAGAAUCAGAAAGCUUGUGGUAGCUGCUGGACUUUUUCCACAACUGGAUGCCUGGAGUCCGUUACCGCCAUCGGCACAGGAAAGCUUGUACCGCUGUCAGAACAACAGCUGGUCGACUGCGCUCAGGAUUUCAACAACCAUGGAUGUAACGGAGGCCUUCCCAGUCAAGCAUUUGAAUACAUCAUGUACAACAAGGGACUCAUGACAGAGGCGGACUACCCAUACACAGCUUCUGAUGAUAUCUGUGUGUAUCAACCAGAACUAGCAGCUGCCUUUGUGAAGGAGGUGGUGAACAUAACCGCGUAUGAUGAGAUGGGGAUGGUGGAUGCGGUGGCCACACGCAACCCUGUCAGCUUUGCCUUCGAGGUGACCUCUGACUUCAUGCAUUACUCCCAGGGCGUGUACACCAGCACUGAAUGCCACAAGACCUCAGACAAGGUGAACCAUGCUGUGUUAGCAGUCGGGUAUGGACAGGAGAGUGGCACCCCUUACUGGAUUGUAAAGAACUCGUGGGGAUCCGGCUGGGGGAUUGGCGGAUAUUUCCUCAUGGAGCGUGGGAAGAACAUGUGUGGACUCGCUGCCUGCUCGUCUUUCCCGGUGGUUUGAUUUCUGCGUGACAGCAAACUGUAAAAGGGCUGAAAGGAGAGCAGUGUCCAAACAUGUGUUUUUAUAUAACCAAUAGCCUACUGUGCUUGCAUGUACAGUACAGUGGGUUUUUACACUAUGAAUCAAGUCGUUUCCAGAUUAAUCAAUACAUAUGAAAUUAUCACUCAAGUACCAAUCAUUAAAUUCAUGCAAUUCAAAUAAAAAAUAUAGAAUUUU